CAUCAGCAUUUGGCAUUCGAGAUGCUUUAUAAUGCAGUUGUGGGACCAUCCAGUAUCAAUAAUGUUUUCUUCAUCUCUUUUCUGCAAGGUUUUCGCAUGCGUUGUAUAGAUGGAACCGCAGACCUCUUUGAUAUUGUUCGGAGCUUCGAUGGGGGUGUUGAGAAUUUUGUUCAAAGCGCUGAAACCUCAAUAAUCAAGGGGUUUGAGGAUUUGAAUCUUUCGUUUAUUGUUGAUCUUGAAGCUACAACCUUACGGGAGCUUACCGAUGCUUGUACCAAUGCUGGUGCACCUUUCGAGGGCAAGACCUUUAAAGAGAUCUUCCGUGAUUAUCUUGAGGACUCUGGCACACCUUGUCCACGCCUUCUUGAAGCCAUAAAGGAUCGGUUGAGCCGACAAAUAAAUCUGGACGAAAUAACUUCAUCUACUUUCCGGAUGAAACUUCUGUGUUGGUCGGUUUCAGGGGCACCUCGUAUUAUGCAUGAAGGGGAUCCUUUAAAGAUCCAGCUUGUAGAAGAUGAUGAUCCAUUUUACCUUCCCUCUCGUAUUGGCCAGGAACUUCAGAAUGCAUAUCUUUCCUCCGGAACUUGUGCAUUCAAGACUUGCACCCAAUGUAAAGAUGCACGAACAGCAGUUCAUCAUUGGUUGUUGGUUGAGAUGUUAGAUGCAAUUGGCUCAUAUACCACAGUAUAA